AUGACAAGGCAGUCCACCAAAAGCCACCUGGACAAAGUACUUAUGACACUGGGAUACGUGACAGACACUGUGGUCGUUCUGUGUUUGGAGGUCGGUCAGCCAUCCAUUAUCAGAGCUGACUCUUGUGCUUCGGUAUUGACAAUUCUAUUGCCGAGUCGGCAGCUUUCUCACCUCGACCUUGCGACGCCACCCGAUCACAACAUACCAAGAGCAUAA